GCUCACGCAGAUGACCUAGGAACACGCGGUUACACGCCUACGGUAGGAAACAGCUCAUGGGCUAUUCAGACUCCAGUAGAUGACAUUGAUAGCACUUGGUGCGAAGCCCAGGCAGGCCAUUUUCUUUGUGAGGAACUGAGCUCGGGAGUGGAUCUCUGAGGACCUUUUCGGUUCUGAUCCCUCGUCAGCUCUCAUUUUACAAAUCUGACUCUUUCACCCCCCUUUUUGAGCAGCCAUGGUGGCCCCCCGCCCGCUCCUCGCGGCCCUCGCGCUCGUGUCGCUCCUCGCGGCGUGCGCCUCCGCCCAGCAGCUGUUCGGCGCGCAGCCCGACGGCGGCAUCUACAUCACGCCUGACGUCAUCAACAACUGCAAGACGCUCCCCGGCACCGCGAAAGACAACUCGGGAAACGCGAUGGUGCUCAGCGCGACCGGGGAAGUCACCGACGUCAAGGAGGAGGGGACGGACCUCGGGGACUGCUGCCCGCUGCCGUACAAGGGCACGCCCGUGAAGUUCCAAGGGUAUGAUAGAACCAAGCCCCUGAGUGUACGGCGCUCCUGGCUGGACGUUGUCAAUGACCCGGCGUACAUGGCUCAGCUCGCCAAGGGUUUUGACCUGAUGCGCGGCUUGAAUGGAGAGUCCAAAAACCAGAACAGCCUCAAGAACAAGGCCAGGGUCCACUGCUACCACUGCACGACAGCCAAGGCCCAGGGCUACAUUCACAACGGGUGGCACUUUCUGCCGUGGCACCGCGCCGAGAUCUACUACUUCGAGCAGUCCAUGAAGUUCCUGCUCAACGACCCUUCCUUCGCCAUGCCUUACUGGGAGUGGGACAACCCCAACGGCUCCUGGUUGCUACCCCAGUACCUCGACAAAAAGAACCCUCUGUAUGACAUCAAGCGGACCCAGAACGAUACCGCCGGAAUUGCGCUGAUGCAGCGGUACUGCUCUGCCCUUGAGACAUACAAAGCCGUCACGCAGACGUCGGACCCGUAUCUGGCACUCGGCCUGUCAGAUCCCACUGUGAGCGACUAUGGCAACCAGGGCACGAUCGAGAUCAUCCACGGGUUUGCGCAUUCUGCCGUCGGAGCGCAGGCGCAGUUUCAACCCGGUUUGGACCUGAGCCUCUUCCCCGAAUCUGGCACGUGCCCCACGUGCCGUUUCCACAACAUGGGCUCCUUUACGACCGCCGGAUGGGACCCGUCCUUCUGGUCUCAUCACUACAACAUCGACCGCCUCUUCACGGAGUGGCAGAGGCAGCCCAACGCCAACACGUCGUCCGGCUUCAACGAGCUCUUCGACGAUCCGGCCUGGCUCGAUUCCGUCUACACCUUCUACCGGCCGGACGGCGUUCUGGAGACGAUCACGGUCGCCGACGUUCUCGACACCGCUAACCUGGGUUACACUUACGCCCCGGCGCUUAACCUGUGGAACGCAACCAAUGCCGGUCCCUCGGGGGUUGCCGCCGCCUCCGCCUCCGUGCCGGCCAACCCCCUUCCGCCCCCACUCCGGAAGCUCCUGGCGGAACCGGAACCCGCCCCGGCCAACACCGUGGCGGAACUCCUGGCGCAAUACCCCGCGCUCAAGAUCCAAGUGACCGACCUCAACUCCUCCAUGGGCCAGCCCGUCAAGGUCGGCCGCGGCAUCUCGCACUACCGCGUCCAAAGGACUCCCCCGACCGUCCCCGGUGUUCAGGAGCUGCUGAUUUUUAACCAGAUCUCUGUCCGCAAGGACGAGCGCUCGCUUAUCGAAGUGUGGAUCAACAAGCCGACGGUCGGGAUCAACACGCCGCUCGACUGGCAUUACGCGGGGACGCUCACGCAGAUUCCGCUCUCCCCUUCGGCCAUGGGCCACCUCUCCACCCAGAGUUUCUCCACCACCAAGAACCGGGCACUCCAAAUCAACGCCGACCUGCAAAACCUGGGCCUGGUGAACGCUCGGGAGCUGCUCGUCUCGCUCGUUCCGGCGGAAUACUUCGUCGACAUGGACAACAACGCGAUCCGCGACUUCCCCCAAUUUACGACCAUCUCGUUCAUGGGGGCGGAGAUUCACCAAGGCUCGCUCAUGUCCUACUUCAAGAAGUAGGCGGUUACCCCCCCGAAAGGGAAAAAACGUUUGGGGGGGUCCCGUUGAGCUGUUAUUGCUGGCGGGUUGUGGUCGAGGUGUCUCACGAAGGUCGAAUUGGACGUCGCACUAACGAUUCCGGCAUGAAACCGGACUCCCGCAGAGAAGUAACGUCGCUGCGUUCGCGUGUUGAUUAGGUGUCAGAUUUUGGGCCCACGAGGAGUCAGUCAAGCGGGCAGAGGUGUCGCCGCGGAAGCCUGCACUCGUGAGCAGUGCCAUACACAGUUUCAUCAAAUAAAGGCUGGUAUGCAUUGUACUCAGCUGGAAUAACUCUAACCUCGUGUAAGUGACGCUCGCCGGUAGAAGAUCGUCAGCAUUGGACGUUUUUUGAAAGACUUCGUCAACUCUAUCCGACCUCGAGGCGAGCGAGCGCAUCCUGAAUUGGUUUAUGUAAGUCAGUGCUGAUGUGUAGAGUGUCUUCGGCUCGUACGAAACAUGGGCAGUCGUCAACAGCAAACAACAGUCGGCGUCAACAGCAAACAAUACCGUGCACGCAUCGAUCUAACAUUUGGACUCAAGAUCAAGAAGGUGACAGGACAAACAAAGACAUCAUUUCUAAAAGGUUCUGCA